AUGACACGUCCAUUUCCAGCUCUGAUUUUCUUCGCUUCUGCUUGGGCAGAAGAGGCCCACUCCUUUUUCGAUGUGCUUGAGAUCCACUCCUGGACACCGGCAGUCACUACAGAAGUUGCCACAAGGCCCGGUGUGACCGUGUUGAACCGUUUGCUUUUCGCCGGGAAUGCACGAACAGCACUCGGAGGUGGUUCUGAGCAAUGGAUGGUGUCCUUUUGCACCUCAUGGUGGGAACCAUGCGAAGAGUUGGAGGUCAUUUUUGCAAUGCUGGCAUCAGGAUGGGAAAAGCAGUUGAACACGCAGGAUUUCACCUCGAAGGUGCGCUUCGCCAUGGUCGAUUGUGCUGCUGACAAGGUCCUUUGCAAUAAGGAGAACGUGGACGUGUAUCCCACCAUUGGUCACUACAAGGGUGGCCAACAGAUUCACCAACUUCAGCUACAUCCGAAAAGAAUGAAGGACAAGCUCAGUUCUUGGUUGGAGGAGUCUUUGACAGAAGCUCCAGAACCAUCGACGACUGCAGCUUCAGGUGUUGACCUAGCCUUGCUGGCCCUGGCGCUUUUGGCCGUUUUACGGCUUCUUUGGGCGGGCAACAGCACCGUCAAAGCAUAG